AUGGCUCCCAGAAGUGUCUCCAGCCUCACCUCCUCCACCGACACGGCCACGUCCUCAGAGUCCUUCGGGUCUACACAACCAGACCUCAACCACAGGGUCCCCUUGGGUCGCCGCAACCCAUCGAUGCUGCGCAUGGUGCUGGAGGCGUUGCAGGCGGGGGAGCAGCGGCGGGGCACGUCAGUGGUGGCCAUCAAGGUCUACAUCCUGCACAAGUACCCCACGGUGGACGCCACCCGCUUCAAGUACCUGCUGAAGCAGGCCCUGGACACGGGCAUGCGCCGUGGGCUCCUCACCAGGCCUGCCAACUCCAAGGCCAAGGGAGCCACGGGCAGCUUUAAACUGGUCCCCAAGCGCAAGAAGAAGAGCCGGCCCAGGAAGAUCGCAGCCCCGACAGCCCCCCAGAAAGCCCAGGAGCCACAGCGGGGCGCCGACAAUGCGGGCCGGGGGUCCAAGGCAGCGGAGAAGCGGGGAGCAACCAGGACGGCUCCUCUCAAACCAGGGGUGGCCAAGGAGAAGGCCCCCAAGAGAGGCAGUGAGAGGGGGGUCAGUGGAGCAAAGCUGGGGGAGGCCACCAGGGGGCCCCCAAAAUCGGACAAGGCUGUUCGGGUCCCUCCCAGCGCCAACGGGCUCGGUGGAAAGAUGAAGGCCACGGGCAGUGGGCGCGGCCAAGGAGCAGCCGAGGCCCACAGGAAGAUCAAGGCUGAGGGGGGACUGGUCAGGUUGCCGGCCAGCAAGGUCCAGAAUGGUACCACUUCUCCCACCAAAAGGAAGGUGACAGCCCGGGUGGAGCCCCAGCGGAAGGGGGCGGGGCCUCCCAUGGGGAGCGCGCCCAAGGCCCAGUCCCCGCACAGGGCCAGGAAGACACAGGCCCCUGAGGGCCCCAGGAAGCCCGGGCUGCCCACCAAAGCCGCCUCCUCCAAGGCGUCCAGCAAGAAGGUGGAGGCCAGGAACUAG